AUGACUACUCACACUGCGUUGCAUCUCCCACCUUUUACUCCUACCGAAUUCAAGCACUUCAACCGCAUGGCAGACACUAUGCAAGCACUGGUACGCACCGGAUCGAACUUCAUGAGUUACCAUUUCACUGAUUGGAAUAUUCCACAGCAUCAAUGGUUCCGAGUACGGUGGAAUGUCAUAUAUGACGUGGCACAAUCAGGGCGACGAUCGGGUGGCAUGUCUAUCAAGAAGUAUCUCAAUCUGUGUUUGGAGUUUUGCCGAAAACUCGAAACGCACCACCAGAUCGAAGAGGUUCGUGUGUUCCCAUAUCUCGCAAGGCGCAUGCCGGCCUUCGCGAACAAUGAUAUCCUGGUUGCGCAACACAAGGUCAUCCACAGCGGACUUGAAAAUUGGAGUCGUAUACCCGGAGCUGUUUACAGGGUCGAGCGGACCUUUGCUGGCAUGAAGUAA